AUGGAGGUCGCUUUUGGCGUCAUCGGCGCUGUAGGCUUGGGAAUUCAGCUAACGGAGACUGUGAAAAAAGCGCACACAUUUCUACGAGGCGUUGAGGAUGCGCCAGAAGACGUGUUGGGGCUCGUUGACGAUCUUGCACAACUAUACAUGGUUCUUGACCAAACAUGCCUUCUUGCGGAGCAACAGCGAAAUUUGCAGCCUACCAUUCAAUCUCUUACGGUGAUUGAAAGCGCACUUGAAAGCUGUCAGAUCAGUGUGCAGAAGUUGGAACUUAUGGUGAACAAGCUUCAAGCAUUGUUCGACCGUCGAGGAAAAGCUCGAAGAGUCUGGGCGUCGGUGAAGACAGUGGUGAAGAAGGAUGAUGUAGCGCUGUUUCGGAGUCAGAUACAGGGACGUUUGCAGACACUGCAACUGGCUGUGUCCCUGAAUUCGAGUAAUCUUAUAUUACAUCAGAUGCAUGUCGGACCAUUAUACAUGAAGCCAGUGCUUUCUUCCGAGGCCUUGACAGAGUCUAGCAAAGAUCUAACACCCAUUGCACCUAACCAAACAGCUUCACCUCCCGAGACCACAGCCUUAGUUAGACCGAGCUAUAUCAUCGAGACUUCAGAAUCAUAUGAAACACCCUACGAAGGCAUCCUUGGCUGCGUAAGAAUGCAAAGGAAAGCCAAAAAGAUCAUCACACCUUACAAUCGCGGUCAGAAAACGAUCAUUGAGGAAUCAAGGAUCAUUGUUGCUCCAAUUUUCAUGAAUAGGGUUUUUGAGUACCUGUAUUUUCAGAGCUAUGGCCAAGUUGCGCGAGCUCUGAAGAGCUUCCCGGUCCUGCCGUGGCACUCACCUAUUUUUACAAUGUGUCGGAUGGGAGACAUCACAGGCAUUCAGCGAGCUUUUAGCAAUCGUGAAGUGUCGCCGUUCGCAAUUGACGAAGAUGGCUGGACGACUCUGCAUCACGCUUCAGAUACCUGUGAUCUGCAGGACAAGACAGCUGAUCUCUGUCUCAUGCUGAUUCAAAUUGGGAUUGAUUCCAUGCAACCUUGUCAUGGCGGCGACCAGGCUUGGCGUUUGGUAUGGCAACGAGAUUCGUCAGAGAGACUCUUAAGAAUAAUCACUCCAGAUUGGGAUGAUGUCACGUUCAAUGAUCUUGAGUCGAUCUUGGACUCAUGGGAGGGACCUGUAUCAAAAAUGGAAUUCAUGCUCGCCCAUGAAGGAGUCCAAGACAAGAUAAAGCGCGGAUCUCGUCUGUGCGGUUCAGAUGUUCUGCUGAAUCUGGCCUUGAAAGAAUAUGGCUCGGGAGAAGAGGAAUGGAAGAGUAUUAUUAAAACUCGGCUGAGGUGCCAUCCUAAUCUUCACACCUAUCAAAGUCGGUACGGCUAUGGAGACUGUUAUACUUCUCAUUUGGACGCCGUUUUUCAUUACGCAAUGUCUCCCCUUGAAGCAGACAUAGCCGGGAAGAAGUGGCUUGAUCUUUUGGCUGAGGAAGGGUAUGAUGUGGUCACAUACUUAAAGACAGAAGAGAGACUACGUCUCAAGCGUGCACUGAUUCUAGAUCACUCUAGUCAAUUUUCUUAUCUUGGUUACGAACCCCCACGAAAAUUGGUCUUUGCUUCAGGGGAAUAUCCUAUGGUCACUUGGGACUGGUGGAUUGAUUCCAAGUCACCUGCCGGCCUUGUACGUCAUGAAUAUCGACAUCUCGACUACAUAGAAAAUCAAUGGGAAGCGUUGUAUCCUUGUCCUUGGCCAUUUAGCUACGCAAAGUGGGACUUUGAAGGAAUAAAAUGGGGAAAUGAUUGGCAUAUUGAUCAGUAUGAUUUUGCCAUGAAACGCUACGACCGGCGAGCAGAAAAAAAACGACAGAAGCAACUACGAGCACAAGGCCGUCACAAACGUUCUCGAAUGCCAGGAACCUGGGUCGAAUAG